AUGCCGACCGGCGUGCUUGUUCAGUUCACGGAUGAGGAGUCGUUGUCCAGCGACUGCCACCCAUCGCCUUCAGAUGUGGAGCACUAUGACUCUGCCAGCUCGGUCAACACCGGGACACAACCUACGCCGUGCGCAGAGGCAGUCUCGAGCAACGUGAGCACCGCCGCCUUCCAACUCUCUAAGCCAGACGUUGAGAACCGGAUCCAGGAGGCUCCGUGCAGCAGGUGCCUCAGCAUUUGGACCUGGGGUACCUGUGGCCUACCUCUCGGGGGCUUCUUCCUCGCGUUCCUAAACUCGGCUUCAUCCAGCCUUGUCUACGGCUUCUUCCUUGGAUACAUGGGGUUGGAUGCGUAUGUUUUGCUGUCCAUCCAAGCGCUUAUGAAGCUUCCACAAGUGUUGCUUCUUCCUUUUGGCAUGAUGAACGACUGCCUGCCGAUUUUCGGUUACAACAGAAAGCCGUAUUUCGUGGCAUCCUGGAUCAUCUGCGGCAGUGCGCUGUUGAUCAUGAGCCUACGGCCCCUGCCUGCGCCCUACUACUGCCAAAAGGACGAUGGCAGCUACGACGUGAUGUCGCCACCAUGCAACCCCAGCAUCCAUGACGAGAAGAACUGGUAUGUUUUCCCACUCUUCAUCCUUACUGCAGGUGUUCAGCUGGGAGUUGUGGCUGGGGAGGGCCUCCUACUGGAGUACUCUCAACAGGAGCCUUUGGAGUGCCGUGGGAAGAUGAAGGCCGAGUUCACAAUGGUGACUAUGGCAGGCUCCCUUGUUUCCUCAGCAGCUGUUGGGGUCUUCAUGAAUGGAAAGGAAUAUCUCGGCACCUUUGACUGGGGCCUGUCUUUCAGUGGCUUCAUGACAAUGUGCCUGCUCAUAGUCACCUUCCUGAUCCCGAUCUGCUUACUUUGCGUUCACGAGCCCAAGAAGUCCACCAGACCGUCCUGCUGCACACAUGUUAGAGGCUCUUGGAAGCUGGUUCGAAACAAAGGGCUUUCAAGCGUGCUGCUGUUUGCCUUCCUCGCCCAGUUCUUCAGCACCAUCACCACAACGGCAGGACCCAUGGUGCGAAGCCAGUGGGCCGGCGUGAAGGUCUUGCAACAGCAGCUGUUUGCCAUGGGCAGCAUGCUGGUCAUGAUUGUAGCAACCUGGGUCUACAAGGUGUACCUCCUCCAGACGUGUUGGCGGAAAGCGAUCUUCAUUGCUAUCGUUACGGUGACAAUCAUAGACUCCGUCCCGACCUUCCUCACAAUCUUCGGCAUUGUACGUGACCAGUACUUUUUCCUUGGGGAGGAGAUUGCCAGUGCCGUGCCCACUACGGCGCUUGCAUUGAUUUACAGCCUGAUGGUCAUCGAGCUGGCUGAGCCUGGACAAGAAGGUCUUUGCUAUGGCCUGAUCGGAACGGUCCAGCAUGCCAGCCUGCCCAUUGCCACCGCCCUGAGCAACCAAAUCUUCGGUCUCUUCAAGCCCUCUUUGUCCUUGCUGGAGAACUAUGUCACCGACACACCAGCUUUCCGAUCAACGGUAGCUUGGUCCUACGUGCUGACCUAUGCUGCGUCCUUGCUCGGCAUGUGCGCACUCCCUUUGGUCCCACGGCAGAAAGCAGAUGUCCAGAGGCGCAAGAGAGAGUGGAGUUCCAGCUCAAUCAUGGCCAUCUUGGUCUUGGGCAUACCUGCUCUUUGCUUGCCCUACGGUGUUGUCGUCUUGCUCCUCAGCAGUCAACCACAAACGGCCUGCUUGCGCUGGGUGGGCGGCCAGGGCUGCGACCACCUGAACUGA